GCUUUGCCGAGUCCCACACACCAUGGCUCUUGAGGCUCUCAUGCUGCCGUUCGGCCACUCCAAGAGCGGCAUUCCCCACCAUGCCACACCCUCUCGACUAUCAACCGCGACCUCCAUAAACCCACAGCGAGUGUUGCUGUCUUCCCGCACGCAGAUAGAUCGAUUUGACGGUGGUCUCUCCGGAAUAGCAGGCGCCCGGGAGAUCAUCCGCGACAUUUCCUCGCGGCGAACCGUCACGAAACUCGUCCUGGGGCACAAUGAUCUUGGCGAUGACGGAACAGUACUGCUGUUUACAUUCUUGAACUCGUCAAGUUCUCGGUCAGGGCCCAUAUAUAAGCAGACUAUCACGGAGAUCAACCUGAACGGGAAUGCUAUCGGCAACAAGGGCCUACAGGCUAUCACACAAUACCUCGAAGAUAACUCCGCCUUGAAGGAGUUGACCUUACAGAACAACAAUUUCACCGGGGACGCCGAGACGCUGGAGUCGUUUGCCUCUGCUCUUAAUCGCUCACAAGUCCGUUUCCUGUCCCUAACCUCCAAUCCGCUCACGAUACCCCACGACUCUACCCGUCCGUGCCCUGUAUUCGCCUCGUCGUUCCUCGCGAAACUCGAUGCACCCUCCCUUCACGAACUCCACCUCUCCGCGCUUGGUCUACCCCGCUCCGCUGUUCCAUAUCUCGUCGACUACCUUACUUCCGCCGAGCGCUGCCGCCUUCACACCUUCAAGUGCAACGGGAACGGUCUCGGUAUCCGCGGCAUGACCAAGAUCAUCCGUGGUAUUGGAGAAUGGAGAAAGGGCCAGAAUUUCCGUCUGUUGAAGAUCGAAAUGUACGCGAACCGUGCGCCGGGACCAGACGAAGAUGUGGAAGAGGAAGCCGAGGAGGAGGGGGACGGAGACGACAGAAGCUACGAUGUACGAUGGAAAGAGCUAGAGCAAGAGCUGAAGGCCACCCUGCAACGGAACGGGCAUCUCCAGCGAGCCGUGCAGCAGCAGGCCCUCGAGUUACUGCAUCACUCCAGGCCGAUGCUCCUGAAGUCGACUAAAGCAGACAUGUUACCCCGACCGUCGAACACCCCACAACCAAGGUCGUUGCCCAUCGAACUUCGCCUUCACAUACUAUCCCACCUGGCACCCGACCUAUCCGCACGUCAGCGCAUCCGGAUUUACGACUACGCCAGCUCGCCCGAAACGCUGCCCGAUGUCCCUCGCGUCGGCAGCGGCACUUUGUCGAGCUCGAACUGCAUACCCGACCCGGGAAGCUUUCCGCUCGGUGCUGCGGGCACAGGCGGAUCGCAUCACCUCAUCAGCCCGGGGCCUGGGUCGCUCCUCUCAGGGACGAUUGGUAGCAAAAUCUGGGAUCUCGGCGCAGGCCAUGGCGCCUUCACCGGCUGUGCGAACGGCCGAUGCAUGGGCGCGGGGAACAGCGUUCUGUGCCGCAGGGAGCAACAACGGGUGAGGUGGCUGGAGGAUGUAGGAUGCGCCGCAUUCGAGCUCUGAGUUUGCUACAUGGCCGUUUCUCUGGAUCUGCUGUACCUGCUGUACCUUGCAUUCUCAAGUUUACUCAUCGGCCGUCUCCUUCAGGAAGUUAUUCUUGGAUCACUUUCUAUUCUUGGAUCACUUACUACACUGUAUAUCAAUGAUAGGGGGUAUGGUAUGGUAUGGUAUUACCCGGCACGGUCCCAAAAGCGGAACGCCGGU